CUUUAUCUUGAUUGGCUCUUAUGAAUGUUAUCAACGAUGAGCCACGAGACAUAAGAAGACGAGUGAUUGAAGCCAGACACACAUACCAGGAUUAUCAAACUGUGUAGUAAUGUAAAGUAUAUUUCUUUAUCUUUUCUUUGUAUGACUCAGUAUUCAUUUAAUUAUCAAAUGCAAAAGACUGAUGGAAAACUACACCUACAACAGCUACACACUGCAGCUGGCGGGGUUAAAUCUCCCGAAGGACUCCAUCUACCCUUUGUUUCUUUUUCUCUUCUUCUCUUACUUGUUUGUUAUUGUUGCCAAUGUCAGCAUUGCUGUUUUUGUUUUCAUGGACAAAAGUCUUCAUCAGCCAAUGUAUAUACUGUUCUGGAACUUGUCAAUCAAUGACAUUCUUGGAAAUUCAAUCCUGUUGCCACGGCUGCUCAUUGACAUGCUGCGUCCUCCCCCUGAGCGUCUCAUCAGUUAUUACGAGUGUGUGAUCCAGGCUUUCACCACACACAUGUUCAGUACGACUGCUCACACUGUGCUCAUGAUAAUGGCCUUUGACAGAUAUGUGGCCAUUUGCAAUCCGCUGCGUUACGCUGCCAUAAUGACCAACAAAAUGUUGAUGAAGCUAACAGUUUCUGCCUGGGGUAUGGCCUUGGUUUUGGUCGGGAUCCUGCUUGGUUUGACUAUACGACUGAACCGCUGUAGAACUCUGAUCACAAGCCCCUACUGUGACAAUGCUGCACUGUUUAAACUCUCCUGUGAAAGUGUGUUCAUCAAUAACAUAUAUGGCCUCACGUUCACUGUGGUCCUGUUCACAGGGUCCAUAGGCAGCAUGGUUCUAACCUACACUAAGAUCACGGUCAUCUGUCUGACCAGUAAGAACAAGAGUCUGAACAGUAAAGCUUUGAAGACCUGCAGCACUCACCUGGUUGUUUAUCUGAUAAUGUUGUUAAGUGGAAUGUUUAUCAUUGUUCUGCAUCGUUUCCCACAGUACUCAGACAGCAGAAAAAUUGCCGCCAUUUUGUAUCAUAUAAUCCCAGGCAGCCUCAAUCCCAUAAUUUAUGGCCUACAAUCUAAAGAGAUACGAGCAUUUUUGUCUAGGUUUUUUAACUCCAAGAAGGUUUUUUCAUAUUAACAAAGACACAUUUAUGUUCAAGGCUUUUUUGUAUAUAUAUAAACAAAACCACAAAACAUGAAGCAAGAACAGACUAAAGAUGUUUUAUGUCUUUGGCAAAGUCAACACAAGUUAUCUAGGAGACGUUGUAUUCUUUAAUAAAACUAAUUUAAGAAUG